AUGCCUCAGCCCGCCAACUUCGCGCCCUUCUCGAGCUAUUCCCAUCAGCAGCAGCACCCUCAACACCAGCAACAACAGGCCCAGCAGCAACAAGCUCAGCAGCAACAAGCCCAGCAACAGCAGCAGCAGGGUCCGCCGCAGCAAGAGUCGUCGCGCGACAACCACAGCCACAACCAGACGCUGCCUCCGCUGCACACUCAGGCCGCCAACUUUGGUCAGCUGCCCUCCUUGUACAACGCAUCUGGUAGCCAUCCUCAGACCCCCACUACCGUCCAUACCCCUACCACUUCGUCAAUGGGAGCCAACGGCUUGCACGCCUUUUCGCAGCAGCAACAGCAGCACCAAUCGUCGCCGGCGACCACUGGUUCAAUGCUGCCACCUUCGUCUACAUACAUCCCUUACUCGACAUCGCAAUCCACCCUGCCUCCUGCCUCUACUGCUACGAGCGCCGCUCAGACUCCAGCUCAGGCUCGCCUACCCGACUUGCGCCCACUUCAGCCUCAGACUUCGUACAAUGCUUUGUCGACGCUGCCUAGCUUCGGCGCAUCCGGACUCGUAGGCGCUCAGCCAUACAUGCAGAACCAUGAGGCAGAACCUACCCACGUCGUAGGAUCGCAGGGAAGACGUGGCAUCCUACCUAGUGCACCCGGUCGUGCAGCUGCUCCUACACCUGGUACCGCAGCUGCUGCCACAAGCAAGUCAAUGAUUCCAGCCAAGGAUGCAGAUGGAAAGUUCCCCUGCCCACACUGUAACAAGACAUAUCUCCACGCCAAACAUUUGAAGAGACAUUUACUGCGCCACACUGGAGACCGGCCAUACAUGUGCCACCUGUGUAAGGACACAUUCUCGCGCAGCGACAUUCUCAAGCGCCAUUUCCAGAAGUGCUCGAUUCGUCGUGGCAACCCUACAGGCGCAAAUCACCUCGCUCACCAACGCAGGAACACUAAUGGCUCUAACCGCAUGUCUAUCAGCAGCACCGAACCCGUAGCUCUUGCAGGUCUCGCCGAAGCUGCAGGUGUUCCUUAUGCUAACGGAACCGCCUUGAAUGGCGUUACCAACAGCCCAACUGUCAACGGAGAAGGUUCUUCAUACGCUUCGAGCGUAGCAUCCCUCUCCAAUCGCUCGUCUCGUGCUAACAGCUUGAUCCACCCGGGUGCAAUGACAAGUGAUGGCAGAGGCAGCCUCGCAGGUAUGUAUAGAUGUGGGAAACAAUACCGUGACCAGUACUCAAUCGUUUCUGCAGGUUACCCUAAUGGCGUCCCCUACAGCGGCAUGCGUCCCCACUCGGCCUCGAACCCCAUGCCGCCGAGCUAUAGCUUCCAGAUGGCCAAUGGAGGCCAGUUUUAUCCUUCAGGCGUCAAAGCCGAAGAGCAGGCACCAAACGGCUACACUCACCAACCCGCCCCUAUCAGCGAAAACCGCCAACCCAACGGCGUCCCCGACUGGUCCAUGUUCGCACCCCAGCACGCUCACGAUGGCUUCAUGACACAGUCUCAUCCAAGCCAGCCGCAGAUGCCUGUUAAAGCUGAGGGUAGUAUGGAAGGUCACAGUUACAACUCGUCGAACGAGCACAGCAACGAGCAGCAGUUCUUUGGUGGACUCUAUUCACAUCCGUCGGGCUUCGGCGAAGAUUCAGGUGCGCACCACCUGUCUGGUUUUCCAAACUGGAACAUGGAUCUCGUGCAAAGCGAUCCAUUGCAGGCCAAGGCCAAUGCAUUGCUGACGUACGUACUUUCGAACAGAACAUCCUCAAGCAAUGACGCUUGCGACGAGAUGAGAAAGUGCUUGACUGUUGAAAACAUCAAGCACUUCAUCGAGAAAUUCACCAGCUUCCAGGGUCAUUGGCCGAUCAUCCACAUGCCCACUUUCGAAAUCCUCAAAGCCAACGAUGGCCUGGUAUUAACCAUCAUCUGCAUCGGCGCCGUCUACUCCGAAAAGCGAGACCUGUAUCAAGUUCGAAGAAUGAUGGAGCUUGUCAAAGACGCUGUCAAGAACGCUUCAAGAGUCCACAACGUCAUCAGAGGCGUCAUCCAAGAAGGCAACCAACCUCUAGGCUCACUGGAAUCCGAUAUUGAAGAGCUGCAAGCUUUGUACAUGCUUAAGGUAUUGUUCUGCUGGCAUGGCACUCCAAGCCAGCGUGCAGAUGCUAGAAAGAACUUCGACAGUGUUGUCGAAAUCGCUCGCCGAAUGGUUAUUUCCCCUGCAGUACCUGGGCAAGCUACUUACAGCGUCCUCCACCAGCCCGGUCCGAUAUCUCAAGAGGCCCUUUCAACAUGGACUUGGUCUUCCUGGAUCGCACAGGAGAAACGUAGCAGAGUUGCAUUCACUCUAUUCCUACUUGACGCCGCUCUUGUUAUGUACUUCAACAAUGAGCCCAAGUUUGAUCCACUGGAAUUCCGUUUGCCGUUACCUUGUGACGACGCCGCUUGGGAGGCCAAGACUGAGCAAGAAUGUCGCGACGCGCUCGGCCUGAAUGGCCCGUCCAACCUUGGUAACAAUGUUUGCGGCAGUCAGCGACCUCGCCAGCCUGACAUGAGAAGUGCUAUGCGAGGUCUGAUGGAGCCCAACUACACUUUCGCGUCACGAUCCACCAACAUCUACUCUAAAUUCAUCCUUAUCCAUGCGCUUAUUGUCCAGAUCUGCAAGUUCCAAAGGUCAAGCUUCUUGCAGAACAUCACUGGCCAGUUUGGCCAUGGUGCUGCAGCAAGCGGUCCUGGCACCCCACUUGGACAGAACGACUGGAUUGCUUCGGACGGCAAUAGCAAUAUUGGCACUCCUGGUGACACGCCGCAGGCUCACCAUGCGCAAAUCCAACCUAUUCUCAAGUCCAUUCAGCUCGCCAUGAGCAAGUGGAAGUCAAUCUGGGAUAUGGACAUAGCUAUCCAAUACCCACAAAACGGUAUCGGCUAUCGCCGCUUUGGUUUCUCGCGGGACGGGAUUCAUUUCUUUUACCUUGGUCAAUCGUUGUUGCGCUCAACAAAGGCCUCGGAGUGGACGGCACCGCCGGAUCUUCGCUUCUUGCAGAUUAUGGGUCUACUGAAGAAGAUUAAAGGCUUUGUCGCCAAUGAAAACACUCAAGGAGGCUUAGAUACCGGUUCCGUCGGCGAUAUCGAUGAUACUUAUGGAGUCGGUGACCUUACACUCGACAUGAAACUGCUAUUCAAGCCCAUGGGAGAGGCGGACAGCCCGAUAGCAGGUGUUCGAACAGAUACGAUACGAUGA